CUUCCAAAGACAGUGAUAAGAUGACUCUUCAGGUGGCCUACAACAUGGAGGCGCCCAAAGCUAUGCUGUCUGAGUUCAAGGCCAAGAUCCCCGCUGUCCUGUCCUCUCUGAAAAGCUUCAUUGACAACAACCUACUGACAAGCAACGUGCUGGAGUGGAGAGACACCAUUGUGGCCAGAAUCAAUGAGGCCUACAACGCUGUCAUCAACUACGAUGUCCAGCUCAGCCAGCUCUCCAUCUUUUUCCGCAACUUCAUUGUUGAGUUCCAGAAAAAUGUCCAAGCUUUCCUGGAUGCUGCCAUCAAAGUGCUCAGGGAGACCCAGUUCCGUCCUCCUGGCUCUGAGGAGACGACCACCCUGCCUGUUGUUCUGAAGGAUCUGACCACCAGCAUUGCUACUGUUCUUCGCACCACCAUCCAAGUUGUCUAUGACAGCAUGGAGUACUACUACAAUGCUUUUGUGGACACCUUUAGCACCAUGGAGCUGCGCAUGCCAAUCAGAGAUGUGAUGUCCGUUGGUCAAAUCAUCGACAAUGUCAAAACAACUGGCAAAGGCAUUUUUGACCAAAUGGUGAACUGCGUGAACAACAUGGAGCGCCUGGAUACUAUACUGGUCAAGAUCAGCGAGAACCUGAAAGCGGUUGUAGACAAAACUCAAGAGUUUGUCGAUUCCAUCAAGUCUGACUAUCUGCAUGGCCUUUUGGCCAAUGUGAAUGCAGCAUAG